GCCACGCAUCCAUCCCUCCUUCCCUCUGCCAUCACCACCGCACGCACAUUGCACGAGCGCACAGAGAGAGUCAUCCCAAGAGAGUCACAAGCCCAGGACGAUUCCCUAUCGAAGGGUGAGUGGUUCGCGCUGACACGACGGUGGUGUGGGCACGUACUGAUGCUCAGCAGCCACGUCCGGUACGCAGGGGGCGAUCCUGGGCGUCGAAUCACACCGCACCGGACCGGACCGCAUCGCAGAAGAUGGCAAAGCAGUUGACUGUGUAGUAUCUCAUACUGAGGCAGCCGAUCAGUACAGGCAUCGCAAGGUGGCAAGCGUCGACGCCGAUUUCAGGAAGCGCCACUGAGGACCAAGGCGAUUGUCAAGGUCAAGGUCAAGGUCAAGAUGAAGGUCAAGAGUGAGAGCAAGGGGGACGGCGGCCACACACGGCGCACAAGGUUGACUGUCAGGCCUCUUCACCCCUCUUCACUCCAUCUCCUAUCGCGAACAUGGACGGUUGGAUUGAUGGCAAGAGCAAGCGCGACGUCUUUUUCGUGAUGGUCAUGAAGACCGUCCUGGACACGCCCGGCGCCGGUCGUGACGCACUCGCCAAUGUCCUUGGCGCCAAGUAUCACACGGCAAAUUCAUUUUACGGCCAAAUCAAUACCGCAGUCUGCGCACUCAUAGAGCACUUCCACCUACAACACCGGGCAGAGUCCCGAAUCUCAUACGGGAGGCCGGAGCUCGAGCUGCUCCAGCAGCAGCUCAUUGCCGACCUCGGGGCCUCUCACAUGAGCCCUCGCAACUUUGAGAACACGACUUCCGCGCUGUCAGGCACCUCUCUCGGCUACGUCACGGGCCUCAGAGGAGGGUCCAUGGCGGCGAGUGACCCGUUGGACUCGGACAGACAGGGCCUCAACGCCAAAGACAUCACUUUGAAGCGACACCUCUUUGCCGGAGCCAGCAAGAUUGAAGACUGCCCGUUCGCUCUCGAUCUCGAGCUGACAGUCCGGCGUUUCAAAGGCUUUCAGCGUGCCGACAAUCGGCAUGAGACGAUAAUCAGAAUUCCAGCCGUAGAGAGGGUUGAAAACGUCAACAUCGAGCCUCAGGUUUUCAUAGCGACACACCUGAUGGCAGAGGGGCGGCUCAAGGAGAGGGACGAGCCCGACAGACAGGGGACAGUGAUCAGGACGAUGAGCGAGCUACUCUCAUCUCCUGCAUACGAAUUCGUCGGAUUCGACUGCGCCGCCGAGUCAGCAUUCCUUCCUCCUCAACUCAUAGAGACAAGGGAAGGUCACCGAGCUCGGCUUAGAAGAAACAAUCAGCAGAUCCAAAGGUUCGGCCGCCAACAGGGCACAAGAGCCUCUCGUAGACGCAGCUUGACUUACAAUGCUGCACCUGAGUCUACACGAAACAUUGUGAUAGUAUCUCUAACCGCCCAGAAACAAAGCUCAUCGAACACAAGCAUAUGAUCUCGUGCAGUGUGGCAGUCAAGUAGCAGGAACAACGAGGCGAUAGCAAUACGCUCAGCGCUAGUCUCUUUUGUCCUUUGUCGAGGCGCCGCUGGACCCUGAAAUCGAUCUGCACCUCUGCACUCGUGCUCGCCCG